AUGACAACAACACCAACUCACUACUCAAUCCUCAACAUUCCAUACCCACCUCCCUACCGUCUUAUCAAACCGGAUUUAAAACUAGCUUAUCAUCGCGCGCUACUCCAACACCAUCCAGACAAAGCUAGGACCCUGCCAACCAGUACUACUCCCCAAGCCAACGGGACCAGCAACUGUACAAAUUCUGAUUCGCAAUACAUAAACCAUAGAGAGGCGAUGCUAGCAUCCAGUGUAGCCACCAAGGUUUCGACGUCAGCCAGCACAGAAAAGCUCUUGCACCCGUCACCACCACCGCCCAAUGCUCCGCCACUCAGAUACACAGUCGACCAAAUAACUACGGCAUACAAAGUUCUCUCGGACCCAGCCUUACGGGCUGAAUAUGACUGCUCCCUCCGUUUGUUAGGGAUAAAUAGCAGCAGCUAUGGUAAUGGGCAUGGCGAUGGCGAUGGUAUACUGUUUAGAACAGGCAUGGAGGUUUUCGAUCUAGACGAUAUGCAUCUUAUGGGGAGUAGCAUUAUCGGUUCUGAUCCUGGCACCAGCUUCGACGACAAGAGCGGUGGGAUAUGGUACCAUCCUUGCCGGUGUGGGGAGGAGAGGGGCUUCCUGGUGUUGGAAGAGGAUCUUGAGAGGGAAGCGGAGAGGGGGGAGGUAGUUGUCGGGUGUCGUGGCUGCAGUUUGUGGGCUAAAGUUGUGUUUGCUGUUGAUGAGGGCGACGAGGGCGACGAGGGCGGCGGGGGCGAGAUGGAAAAUGAGCAGAUACCAUGAAGGAAACUGGCAAUUCAGGACUGAUGGAAUACGAGGGAAUCUACAAACCACCGUAGUGUCUGGCCAUGGCACAAUGUCUACACCUUCACCUAGAAGGACUUGCUUUCCACCGGCUUACAACAGAACUCCACAUAUAACACGUACUACCCCAUCUAACGGUGCACCUGCAGCAUGGGGCGGCUUGCUGAGGUCAAUUCGUGUACAAAAUCUAAUUUGUGGAGGAAGUUAUGGCCAUCGUCGGUGGCACAUUUGAGGAAAUGCCUGAUGCAACGCAUUGCAAGCCACUCGACCUUCCUCAGGUGACAAACAGAGAGCCAUAUGCUGAUACGUAAAUCACUCCUUCAGGUAUGUUCGCUCCUGGCAAUUCAGACGUAUCUACCCUGUGUAUGGUAUAUCCUCUCCCCUGGCAACAGCCCUCACCCCCCUUAAAUCGAUCAGACUUCGAGUGUGCAUACAAGGUCAUUGUAGAUAACGCCUCCGCUAAAUACACCCGGAGUGAAAAUGGAUUUGAGAUGAAUUAUAU